AGAACAACUACCAACCAGUCAACCAAUCAUUCUCAAGUGAUUUUAGCAGCUCAUCUUCAAAUCAAGUCAAACCAUCAGACCAUUUCACAACUUGAUCAACCUUGACCACUAAAAACCAACGCAGAACCCGUCUGGACGGCAUCAGAAUUCAUCGAACCUCAUUCAACUUUAUCUUCUCAUAGAAAAACAAUCAUUCAAACCGAUCUUUUUCACCAAAAACCAACCCCAUCAAACUCACUUCAUUCAACUCAUUUCACCAAUCACAAAAAUGGCACCACCUGUCACUGAUAAGGACCCUCUUUCUGGUCGAGUUGGUCAUCUCUCGACUACCCAGGCCGACAUGCUUAAAAAAUUCAAAGAAGAAUUAGCAACUGAAGGUUACUUCAAAGAAGGUUCUGGGGCCGUAAAGGACGAUAUGUACGGGGGAGGUCUCCCUGGAGCUUCUCAUGAUGACGCCACUUUACUUCGUUUUCUCCGAGCAAGGAAAUUUGAUCUCGAGAAGAGUAAAUUGAUGUUUACAGAUAGCGAAAAAUGGCGUAAAGAAUUCAAAGUCGAUGAGCUCUAUGCGACUUUUGAAUACCCCGAAAAGAAAGAGGUUGAUGCAAUCUACCCUCAGUUUUACCACAAGACUGAUAAGGAUGGUCGACCUAUCUAUAUCGAGCAACUUGGAAAACUCGAUUUGACUAAGCUAUACAAAGUCACUACCCCCGAGCGACAACUACAACGUCUGGUGGUCGAAUACGAAAAAUUUCUUCGUGAUCGGUUACCAGUUUGUUCUGUACAACAAGGCAAGUUAGUUGAAACUUCUUGUACUAUCAUGGAUUUGAGUGGAGUCGGUCUUAGUCAAUUCUGGAAGGUCAAGAAUUAUGUUCAACAAGCAUCUCAUCUAAGUCAAAAUUACUACCCAGAGACAAUGGGCAAGUUUUAUAUCAUCAACGCGCCUUACCUUUUCUCUACCGUUUGGUCCCUCGUCAAACCUUGGUUAGACGAAGUCACCGUCAAGAAGAUUAGUAUCCUUGAUUCGAGUUAUCAUAAGACUCUCUUGGAACAAAUCCCGGCUGAAUCCUUACCGAAAUCAUUGAAAGGAACUUGUGAUUGUCCAGGUGGAUGUAGCAUGAGUGAUGCAGGACCUUGGAAGGAUGAAGAGGCUGUUACUAAAGCUAAGAAGUUGAAAGCUGGCGAACCCGCAAAGGUAGAAGCUGUUCCUGAGGUGGCUGCUACGGAGGAGGAAAAGAAACCGGAGGAGGCUGCUGCGACUGAGGCUGCGCCCGCUGAGACUACGACUGCCUAAGGAUGGAUUCGAUCGACUUUUGUUCUCAAUCUCAGUCACAUGCUCGCGAUCAUUUGCCACAUGGCCGAGCAGCUCCACCUCAGCUUUGAAAAGGGUUGCUUUUCUUAAUGCCUACUUUUCCGAUUCCCUUUCAUGAUCUCCUUUUCUGCCUUCUUGACAUUAGUGGUGUUAUCUAGCGCAUUUAUUUACGUCUAAAAACAGUCUCACCGAUUUUUUUUCUUACUACUUUUUUUUCUUCUCUCAUCUUCAUAUAUGUGUAUGUUACAUGAUGAAUGUUUUUGUUUCCUUUCUUUCAUUCAAUCCUUGAUUUUAUUUAUCUUUACAAUGAUGCAUAAUCUGUGAGGCAUAAUGAGAGAAAAUUCAUUUUUUUUGCUAUAUC